AAGAUCAACUUCAGAAUGUGUCCAUCCAUUCUCUCGCGCGCAACUUUGUCCUACUUCAACGAGCAAGAUCAACUUCAGAAUGUGUCCAUCCAUUCUCUCGCAAAGGGCAAAAAGUUCAUUCUCUUUGCCGUUCCGGGGGCCUUCACUCCCACUUGCAGCAUGAAGCACGUGCCUGGGUUUAUUGAGAAAUCCGAGGAGUUGAUCUCAAAGGGCGUUAGUGAAAUUCUUUGCAUCAGUGUGAACGAUCCCUUUUUGAUGAAAGCUUGGGCAAAAAAUUACCCCGACAACAAACAUGUCAAGUUCAUAGCCGAUGGAUCUUGCAAAUACACCCAGGCUCUUCUUGACCUCUCAGAGAAAGGGCAUGGCACCCGAUCUAAAAGGUUUUCACUUUUGGUUGACGAUCUCAAAGUGACUGUCGCUAAUAUCGAAUCUGCUGGGGAAUUCAUUGUCUCUGGUGCUGAUGAAAUCCUCAAGGCUGUCUAA